AUGGGUUCUCCUCUCCGGGUGUUGGCAUCGCUUUGCCUCGUUCUUUUCUGGGCCUGCCCUGCCUUCGCUAGCAUGAUCCAGUACUGCAACGACGAGCCCCAAUUCUGCUUGGCCGUGACGCUGCAACAAAACAGCACGACCGAUGGCCACGAUGUCUACGUGACGCUCACCGCGACGCCCUCGGAAACUGGAGGCUGGACAUCAGUCGGUUUCGGUUCUGGCAUGAAGGAUUCGCUGAUGUUUAUCAUCUACGCCGCCCAGGACAGCGAGUCGCUAGUCACCAGCGUUCGCACCGCCGAGGGCCAUGUCCUGCCUACUCCCUUAACCGAGCACACCAACGACAUCCAAGUGCUGCGCACCGAUGUUUCCGAGACCCAAUACUUUGCGCAAUUCGUCUGCUAUUCGUGUGACACCUGGUCGCCUUCCGAGAUCGACGUGCAGGGGAAUUCCUCGUUUAUAUACGCGGCGAAUACCCAACAAGCCUUCUCCAGCGCGAGCUCCAGCUUGACGAUACACAACCACCAUGGCCUUCUUAUUGGAGAUCUAAGCGCUGCCUGGAAAGCACACAAGGACGAUCGCAUUCCAGAAAUCCAGGGCACCGAGACCAUCGGGUUCAACUAUCUCCCUCACAACCACGAUGGUGAUGAGGGCGAGGCCGAAGCCCUGUUUUCUCCAGUCCGAGUGCACGGUGUCAUAAUGACAAUCGCCUUCAUGGGUCUUUUCUUUGCUGGAAACCUGACAAUUCGCCUGCCCCUGCUUCGGGCCUUCAAAUACCACUGGGUCAUCCAGCUGUCAGCCUCGAUUCUGGCCCUGGGGAGCGCGCUGUACAUGUUCCUGCGCUCCUCCCAUCUCGGCACCCACAAAAUUAUCGGUCUCGUCGUGGUAUGCUCUCUGAUCGCGCAGGCCGCCGCUGGUUACAAGCACCACAUCGACUUUGUGCGCAUCCGCCGCAAGACUAUCUUCUCGCUAGCUCACCGCUGGCUCGGGCGUAGUAUCUUUGUGGUGGGCACUCUGAACGUCGGCCUCGGAAUGUACUACCGUGGAUGGUCGACCAUGGGCAUGUUGGCUUGGUUUCUUAUCUGGAGUGCCGAGCUGGUCAGUUUCGCCUACGUCGUGGUGCAACACCAGCGCCGCACGAUGAGGGAAGACCGCGGAAAGAUCCUUGCUAGUAGGGAUUCGGAGAGUGAGGUCUUUGACAUUGGUGACGACCUCGAGGAUGGAGAGGGCAUCGAAGGAAUCCCGUUGAUGGAGAGCGGUGAUAAACAUGAGGCAAAAUAG